CCCAAUGAGCUCAGCCAUUUUGUUGUCAUCUCCUUUAAAAUCUCUCCACUCCCUCUUCUUCACUUGUCUUCAUCUCAAUUUCUUCUCAAUCCCCUUUUAAUUUCACCAUCCAUCGCCCUUCUUUCUAUGGGUGCCGACAUGUCGAACAACAACAAUAAUACUAAUCGCCUUGCUUUCACCAAAGAUUUCUUCUCCUCUCCGGCUCUUUCUCUUACCCUUGCGGGGAUUUUCCGUCGGGGAGAGGUGACGGAGAAGGGGGAUGUUGAGAUGGAGGAGGUGGACGAUGGAGCACGGAGAGAUGAUACGACAGCGGAACUUAGUAGCGAGAAUUCGGGACCGAUGAGGUCGAGAUCGGACGACGAGGGUCUUGACGGCGGGGGAGGGGAGAAUGAAGAUGGGGUGGAUCAUGGGUGUCAUGUAAAGAGAAGGAAGAAAUAUCAUCGGCAUACAACGGAGCAGAUCAGAGAAAUGGAGGCGCUGUUUAAAGAAUCACCACAUCCAGAUGAGAAGCAAAGGCAGCAGCUAAGCAAGCGAUUAGGACUUUCACCAAGGCAGGUCAAAUUUUGGUUCCAAAAUCGUCGAACCCAAAUCAAAGCUAUUCAAGAGAGGCAUGAAAACACAUUGUUAAAAGCUGAAAUGGAGAAACUUCGAGAAGAAAAUAAAGCCAUGAGAGAAAUUUCUAAGAAGAAAGUUGGCUGUGCAAACUGUGGAAUUUCCGACGCUGGGGAAGACCAUGUCGCUUUGACAACCACGGAGCAAUUGCGUAUUAAGAAUGCCAAGCUCAAAGCCGAGGUUGAGAAACUACGAGCUGCACUAGGAAAAUACCCACAAGCAGCAGCGUCUCCAUCGUACUCAUCAGGGAACGAGCCAGAGACGACGAACCGAAGCUGCUUAGAUUUUUACACAGGAAUUUUCGGGCUUGAAAAAUCAAGAAUCAUGGAGAAAGUUCAUCAAGCUCUUGAAGAGCUCAAAACAAUGGCUGCCGCCGGCGACCCACUUUGGGUCCGUAGCGUGGAGACCGGAAGACAGAUUUUAAACUACGAUGAGUACUUGAAAACCUUUCAUCACAACAAUAAUAAUUCUAACACUCGUUGGCUCAAAACACACAUUGAGGCCUCUCGUGAGACCGCUCUUGUCUUCAUGGAGCCCUCUAGGUUGGUUCAAAGCUUCAUGGAUGAGAAUAAAUGGAAGGAGAUGUUUCCUUUCAUGAUAUCGAAGGCAGCUACAGUUGAUGUUAUUUGUAAUGGAGAGGCUGCCAAUUGGAAUAAUGGAGCAGUGCAAUUGAUGUUUGCAGAGGUGCAAAUGCUUACACCAUUAGUACCCACGAGAGAAAUGUAUUUCAUCCGCCAUUGCAAGCAGCUCGACAUUGAACAAUGGGCUAUUGUCGAUGUUUCGAUCGAAAACAUUGAAGAUAACAAUAUUGAUGCAUCGUUGGUGAAAUAUAAGAAACGUCCAUCUGGUUGCAUCAUUAAGGAUGAAUCUAAUGGCCAUUGCAAGGUAACAAUGGUGGAGCAUUUGGAAUGUGAAAAAAGCAAAGUUCACAACUUGUACAGAAGCAUAGUGAACAAUGGCACUGCCUUUGGGGCAAGACAUUGGAUGGCAACUCUCCAACUCCAAUGUGAACGCCUUGCUUUCUUCAUGGCAACCAACAUCCCCAUGAAAGACUCAACUGGAGUUGCAACACUAGCUGGAAGAAAAAGCACAUUAAAGUUGGCACAGAGAAUGAGUUGCAGCUUCUCCCAAGUAGUUGCAGCUUCAAGUUAUCAAACAUGGACCAAAGUUGUGGGAAAAACUGGAGAAGAUAUUAGGGUUUGUUCAAGGAAGAAUGUUAGUGACCCUGGUGAACCCAUUGGAGUUAUUUUAUGUGCAGUUUCUUCUCUCUGGUUGCCUCUUUCUCCCCAUCUUCUCUUCGAUUUCUUCAGAGAUGAAUCUCGUCGAAAUCAAUGGGACGCUAUGUUUGGUGGAGAUAAAGCUAAGUCCAUUGCAAAUUUAGCUAAAGGACAGGAUCGAGGCAACUCAGUUACCAUUCAAACAAUAGGAUCAAAAGAGAGCAACAACAUGUGGAUCCUACAAGACAGCUCCACAAACUUAUCGGAAUCCAUGGUGGUCUACUCCGGAGUAGACGUUACCAGCAUGCAGUCAGUGAUGUCAGGUUGUGAUUCCGGCAGCGUUACCAUCCUCCCUUCAGGCUUUUCAAUUCUCCCCGACGGCGCCAACGCCAGGCCGCCCCUCCUCAUCACUCGUUGUAAAGACGACAGAACUUCCGACGCUCAUGGUGGUGUUCUACUGACCGCCGCCAUCCAAAUCCUUACCGACACCUCUCCCUCUGCAAAACCCACCAUGGAAUCCAUCGAGUACGUUAAAAGCAUCAUUUGUUGUACGUUAAAAAAUAUUAGAACCAGCAUGUGCUGUGAGGAUGAUUGAUACUUAUAUAGCUUAUUAUAAUAUUAUUGAUCCAUAUAUAUAUAACUGUAAGUAAAGCUUUUCUUUUUUC